UCUGCAGAGUGGUUGCUUUUUCUUUUUAUUGUUCCUGGACUAAGUGAGCAGAGAGAGCCAAAUUGUGUUAGCGAAAAGCAUGUAGCAGUAUGUCAGUCUGGAGUUUCAGCUAGAUUUCGGAGUUUACCAUCGUUUUAUUUGGGUUUAAGUCAAAUGACCCUUAGGGUGUGUUUUAUUGAAAGGGAGUGCUAGUGGUAGAUUUGGUGCAAUGCAUAGAAUGUUGUUCAUCCGUUUAACGUUUUGUUUCAGCCUGCUGCUUAAAAAUCUACACUCCUCUUAUUAAAGGCUUGUUACUGCAAGUAUGUCACCUUUAACUGUUUUUCUGAAAUAACAAAUGGAUAGAAAACGUACAGAAAUUUUUUUAGUGAAAUAUGAGAGUAACUUCCAAGUGGAAACUUCCGAACAAGUGUGUUAUUGCUCACAUCUUACAGGAGGCACGAGAAUGCACCUGUGCAACUUUUGCUGUUGGAUGGUUGUGUGGGCUAACUUGAUGCUUACACAAAUAAAAAAGCUAAUCCAUUGUGCUACCCAGUCUAACUGUAGAUUGUUUUCCUUACACUAAGCCUCACGGGCAAAACACUAUUAAUUUCCACUGUGUUAUUGGUGCAAAAACUGCGUUCUGCAACUUUUCUUACCUAGAAAGAAGCAGCAUGUCAGUUGCUACUGUUCACAAGUAAGUAGUCUUGUGCCCUUGCCACACACACGUCCACCAAACAAGUUCAUAUGAUUCAAGUCUGGGGGCUGACUUUGGCUUUAAAAGACCCAUUGGAAUGCAACUGUUAAUUAUUUAAUUUUGUAUCUCAGUGUAGAGAAAUCUACCGGUACCCAUGUAGCUUAAUCUUUUAAACUAAACUCCACCCAUUUUAAUUUCCUAUCAUUCUUGCAGACUUUCCUUAUUCCUAUAAUUGGGUGGAAGAAUACUUAUCUAUACUGUUGCUUGGCAAGAUGUCUUAAAAUAUGUAGAUGGAAGAUGCUAUUAAAUAUAAUUUUAAGUACAUGCUCUCGUGUGAGGGAAAAAUAACUUUGUUAUACUAUAUUCCGCACCCUUUGAGGAAACUAUGAUUUUUCUUCAAAGCCCUAAAAGACAGCUUCACCAAGAAUGUUUUAUAAUCCACACCAGCCUUACCCAAUUGAAAGAGCACCAGCUUUAGUUUCUCUGUGUCUGAACUUCUGUCAUUUUCAACUUUCAGCUAGUAAUCUGUGCAGUCAAUAUAUGAAGCUCAUUAUUGUCCAAACCAAAAAGAAGUAAUAGUGAAUUAGUUAGCAGGUUCAUAGAAUCAUAGAAUAUCAGGGUUGGAAGGGACCUCAGGAGGUCACCUAGUCCAACCCCCUGCUCAAAGCAGGACCAGUCCCCAACUAAAUCAUGCAAGGACUCCAUUUGGUAUCCUUUUAAACAAACCAUUGCAAGUGACUAAUCCAUCCAUUUCCCUGCUUGCAGGAAAGACAACACAAAAGAUUUAUAGGUCUAAGAUGCACAGUUUCCCAGGUUUAGCAUCUUUCAUGCAAUUCAUUCAGAAGUUCUUUAUAAUCCAUAGAUGAUUAAAUAGUGUUUAUUUUACCAGGAAAUAAAAGAACCAAGCGAAUACUUGAAACACCUUAAGCUUUAGAGCCUUGAAGGACUUUCCCCAGAACCUCAAACAUGGUUUAGAAGUAGUAAAGGAUAGCUAACAUGUACAUAAAUAAAGCAUUGCACUGUUGAUGGCCUUCAGGCUCCCCCCUUUUCAACCUGAUUUCAGAGUCUGGCAGCCACAUGGAACUGCAUUCAGAACAAUAACUCAUAACUUCCAUCUUACACUUGUGGUAUUUUUUGUUUUUGUCUCUGUAGGAGAAUUUUUCCUCUGCUAUGAUCCACAGAAAGAUUACUGGGUUUUUUUAACCCCAAUGACUGUGCCUAGAAUCCAAGGCUUGGCAGCUGUAUACAAUGACUCCAUCUACUACAUCGCUGGAACCUGUGGAAAUCAUCAGCGUAUGUUUACCGUAGAGGCCUAUGACAUCGAGCUAAAUAAGUGGACUAGAAAAAAGGACUUCCCAUGCGAUCAGUCCAUUAAUCCCUAUAUUAAACUGGUACUCUUCAAAAACAAACUCCAUUUGUUUGUCAGAGCCACUCAAGUCACUGUUGAAGAACAUGUUUUCAGAACCAGCAGGAAGAAUUCACUGUAUCAGUAUGAUGAGGUUACUGACCAGUGGCAAAAAGUGUAUGAGACUCCAGAUAGGCUUUGGGAUUUAGGCCGGCAUUUUGAAUGUGCUGUAGCUAAGUUGUAUCCGCAGUGUCUUCAGAAAGUUAUUUAAUUUUAUUCGGUAACAAGCCUUAGUGAUUUCAGUGGUAUCUGAUGUUAGAGAAAACAUGUCUUAAAAGAAAACAAAGAAAUUGUCAGUAUUUAAUGUAAGCUGAAAGAGACAGUUUUUUGUACAUGGGGAUGGGUGCUCUUUAAAGGUUGCAGGCUGGUGAGGGAAUUACUGGUUCAUUUUAAAAUUGCUGAUAUUUUCCAGGGGAGCAAGAAGGAGGAGGUUACAAGUGCAAUUAUCAGCAUUUUUUUCUGGUAAACACUUAAUCAUGUCAUUCUUGAGGAGUGUUUUUGUGAUAAAAGUAAACGAAGAAUAGAAGAGCCAGGAUAACUAUGCACUACAAUGAAAGAAAAUUAGCAUUAAUAGCUAAGGACAUCCAAGCUAGUUUGAAGUGACUUUUUUUUUUUAUACGGGUAAAAUCCUGAGGCAAUAUCACUAGGUCUUUAUUUUAGAUCAACUGAAAGUACAUAGAGGAAUGCUAGCUCCUGAUUAUUUUUUUUGUACUGUUUUGAUGUCUACUAAAAUGUUCAUAAUGUUGUUUGUGCACUACCUUAGUUUGGGAGAAAUAUUGAAGUUGGAAGCAGAACAUGAAGUAUAUUUGUCCGAAACAGAGAAGGCAUACUAUCAUUUUCUAUCUGUGGGCUUUGUUAAAAUCAAGCUAACAGUAUAAAUAGCUAUUUUCUGCCAAUUAAAUGUAGUGCUUGAAAAGCAGUUUUGACACUGCUUAAAAACAUUUUCCAUCCCAUAAAGGGCUUAAACCCAAAAGUUGAUGGUGCUAGUACAUUUUUAAUACUUGUAUGUCUGAAAUGAAUGGGCCAACCCUACACCACUAUUUAAAACAGCCUGCUAUUAUUAAUAGAGUCUGUCUUCUUAGGACCCUAUCCUGCCAUUGUGGGAUUGUUGUUUUUUAACAUAUUUUUACUGCGGUAGGAGUUCCUGCACAGAAUGAUGACAGGAUACGGACUUAGUGGCUAUUAAUUUUGUGGAGAGCUCAUGCGGCUUCUCAUAAAGUGUUUGCAUGUGCUCAAGGAAUACUGAAGAAUGUGGCUUAACUUGAUUAUUCUCCUUUUUCCAACCCCGCAAUUACCUUUUACUAUUCUAUUCUGAUCUAUAAUGUGAAAAAUUUUGCACUACUGAGCUGUCUUCAUGAUCCAAUUUAUUAAAACAAAGUUGUCCACAGAAAUCCAUGGUUUAAAGAAUUUUAAAUGCAGGUGUAGAAUAAGGAUCCAAUAUAUUAUAACACUUUCUCUGUGAAUUGAACAUCUAACUUAUUUUUCUAAUGACAAAGUAAGUUUAAAGUUUAGCUUCUUCUUCAAUCAUUAAAACGGGAUGUAAAAGGGAAAAGUUUAAUCCUAGAGCUCAUAUGAGCUCUACUUUGCCAGGUGUGUAAUUUGUUACAAAUCUUAUUCUCUCCAGAACAAGGCAUGUUGUAUCUUCCUAUAUAUUUAACUGAUUAACUUCUCAAAUUGAGGUAAAGGAAAGCUGUUUUAUUUUAAAUUGAUAAUGGUAAGCAUUGUAGCAAAGGAUGGCCAUUAUCUGGAUUAACAGCUGUUUCCAUAAGCCAAAUGUUUCACUCAGUAAUAGUUUAACACCCUGGCAUAGCUGUUGAGAGAUUUUGGAUAACAUUGACUCGGUGUAUGGCCUUGUUGUCACAAAGUAGGGUUUCUUUUUUAAAGAAACAAACUCACUUGGUUUUGUUUUUUAAAUCUUGCACAAAAUAUCAAAUAAACCAACUGUGAAAACUAAAAGGGAAAAAAAAAAAAGCCUCUUUGCAUUUACAUACCUCAUUGUCCAGAGAUUGACCAGACUGCUUCUUUUAGGUGUGGGUGCUGGAACAUCCCUGAAACUGUUUAAGAUCGAGAGCAUAUGCAUAGUUGCUAAGAUUGCAUUUUUAAACAAUGUUAAGGUAUGUGUUCCUUUUUGUUUAGUUCCUUCAAGAUACUAUUGUUAUCCACAGCCAACAAUCAGAAUUUUUCUUAUAAGGCUAUUUCCAUGGGUUUUUUUUACAUUUUCCAUAGUCCUUGGCUAGCUCUAUUUGUGCUAUUUUGUAGGACUCUAGCUGCAAGCUUUCUGAAGCACCCUCCCUUACAGUAUUGCAUUAGUGUGUAAAACUUUUUUUUCUUCCAAAAAGUGUUAUGUAACUUUUUGUUGUUUUUUAAAAGCUUGGUUGACUAUUUACAAGAUUUCUUGCUGCUUUUUGACAAUCUUCUAUAUUUAUUUAGUAGAACAAAUUUCAAUAUAUUACUUGAAAAGAUGAAAUAGAAUUUUGAGUUAACAAUUGACUGGUCAUGUGAUGUAUAGAAGUACAAUAUGCUGUGGUUAAUUCUGCAGUAGGUUUUGUUAAUUUUGUUUAUCUGCACUAAAGUACGAAGAUCUCCAUUUUCUUUAACCAUUCAAAAUAAGAUUGUGAUCCAAGACUGUAAUGUGCUUAAAAGCUAAAUCCUGGAACUUGCAUAGGAGUAGAAAAUACUGAAUCUUAUGCAUGAAUAAUUUUGUUUAAACAGAAAUAUAGCUGAGACAUUUUGCCACUUCUUAAAUGCUUUUAAAUUCUUUAAAAGUCAGAUAACUGGUAAAGUCUUGCUGCAGCAUCAGACUUUCAAAAUAAACUUGCACAGUUUGAGAACAAUUGAUUAAAACUGCACCAAAGGUACUUGUACUUUACAUAUGGCUCGCUGCAUCCUCUCUCUGCCCAUUUAUCAUUUUUUCUGCUCUUGUUUAGACUGCCCUUAUUAAAUUGCCACUUACUCUUAUGCUGAUACUUUACAUUUUAACGUUCCCUCUCCCAAUCUUAUAAAAAUACAAAAUCAUUUGUAUUCUCCAUUUUCUUCUAAAUUUUGAUGUUGAUUAAAUCACUAAAACUGAUCUUGGUGCAUCAGACGUGUGUAGUGAGUAUGAACUGCAAGAAAUGGAAGAGCUCCCUGUUGCUGUUUAGAAAUGGCAUCCAAUGUUCAGUGCUCAGGUAUGUUAGUAAGAAGUACUGUAGUCCUAUGAGGGCAAAUGUGUGGAUUUUUAAACAUUUUGCCAUAAUUGCACAAUUUUUGCAUUUUUACUUAAUGUCAUGUUACGUUUCUUAUAAUAAAAUAAACCUAUUGUUGAA